AGCCGAUACAAAGGCUUUCAAUCCCACGCCCACUACUGACUGACUAGUGCGACUUGUGUAAAUAUUAUAAACUGCACGUGUGGCUGACAGAGACGUGGAACCUGGAAUGGUGACACGCCUUUGAAUUGGUGCCUUUGAAGAUAAUUGGGAUACUUUAAGCCUUUUAUCUCUAAAGAGGAAAGGAAUGUGUGGCACACAAGAAAUUGAGGAUCUUUCAUGGAAGUAUCUACGCAUGUAUCCACUGAGAGACAUUAUAUGGGAGAAUUUCCAAAAGAUUCUUACCACAAUGGAUUAUGAUGAGUCACAAGUCUUCCAGCAACAAGUUUUUUAUGGCACAGCUAAUCACCCAUUGGCCCUGAAGUAUCCUCCAGCAAAGACUUACGUGCAGCUUUUCUUGAAAACCUUGAUUAAUCAGAUUGAAGGCUGUAAUCAGGAGGUACUUGAUGAUUUGUACAGCAUGUAUACAGGACUCUUAUCUCAGGGAAACUCUCAGACCAGUGAAUUUUGCUACAAGACUUAUAAGCAAAAGUCAGGAAGCAUAACACUAAAGGAGACUUGCAAACUUAUUUGUGAUGGAACAACAGGCAUGUGUACCUGGGAGGCUAGCCAUUUCCUAGCAGAGUGGUGUUCCAAGAAUGCAAGUAAUUUUCAAGGAAAAAAGAUUUUAGAAUUGGGAGCUGGCUUGGGACUGACAGGUUUGGCAGUUGUGAUGAACUGCAAACCAGCAUCGUACACCUUUACAGAUGUUCAUGACUCCGUUUUAAAAGUCUUAGUUGAAAAUGUUGCAAUCAACCUGUUCAAUGAGGUGUCUCAUUCUUCUGGUAAAUAUGAUGCAGAUGAUAGGAAAAGUAUUGAGAGCUGGAGUAGGAGGCAUGAAUCUAAAGACCAUGACACAAUGGUGCACAUCAAGAAGCUUGACUGGGAGAGUGACACAUAUGAAUCAGAUGUAGAUUUAGUUCUAGCUGCAGAUGUAGUGUAUGAUCCUGAUGUCAUAAUUCACUUCCUUAAAGUGUUGAAGGAUGUCCUCUGCAAGAAGCCUGGAGUAGCAGCAUAUGUUGCAAGUACAAUGAGAAAUCCAGACACUUACACUUUCUUCAAGAAUGAGUUAGAAUGCAGUGGUCUUGUCAUCACGUCUGAAGUCCAGCAGCAGUAUCAGAAUUCCCCAUCACAACAGGAGGUCUCCCUCUCUUUACUGUACAUAAAACCUGAAAUAUGAUGAUAACCAGAA